GAGGCUUGAGGCAUACGGUGGAGAGUUCAGGGAGCUGGGACCAUGGUCGGGUGGAGGAACUACAGAGAGAACUGGAGGCCAUCAUCCCAGACAUCAGCAGUCUGGAGACCCUGGCAGCCGGCCUGGACAGCAGCCUCUGUAAAGGCCACCUCCACAUGGUGAGCGGUGUGGAUGGGUCUGGGUCCCGGACGUUGUGCCGGGUGCUUGCUGAUGGUCUCAGCGGCGAGCUGGACACAGUGAGGAAUCUGCUUGGAACCAAGCAGAGCGAGGCAGAGGCCCUGGGAGCGCUAUGGAGCUCCUUCAGACAGAGGAAGGAACAGCUGUUGAAAAGCGUGGAGGACAUCAAGGAGAAGGCGGACCACCAGAGCCUGAGAGAACCCAGCCCACUCGCCCUGCAGCAGAGGCUGCGGUUCUUUAACCAGCUGGAGGAUGAGCUCCAGUCUCAAGAACACGAGGAGCAGUGGCUCAGGGACAAGGGUCAGCAACUAGCCCAGAGAGAUGCAGAGCUGGCCGGGGAGGUUCUCAGGGAGAUCAGCCUCUUGGAAACCACCUGGGAGGAUACCAAGAGACUCAUAACUGACAGGCAGGAGCAGUGCAGUGUUUUGGUGGAGCUGAUGAGAGAAUACCAUAACCUGAGGACAUACAUAGCCGCCACCAUGGAGAAUACUGAGGCUGACAUCGGCUCGGCUCUGAAAGACCACGAGGAGACCAAGAGAUCGCUGGCUAAGCAUGAAGCAGUGAAGGCAGAGAUGUUGGCCAAGCAGAGUGAGCUGGACCAGUUCUCCAGUAAAGGAAAACUUCUGCUGUGUGAUCUGAAGAAGAUCCCAGACUGUGAGGCUCAGCUGAUCACGACAGACAUGCAGACUCUAGUAGACCAGUGGCUCGAGGUGUCUGAGAGGAUUGAAAACAACAUUGAGCAUCUGAGCCAGAGCCUGGCGUUGUCGGAUGACGUGCAGCAGAUCAGUGAAGAGAUCGAGGGCUGGACCAACAGCUCAAUGAUGGAACUCAGUGAAAGCCUGAAUAACCUCAUUGGCAGCCAGAGAAUGGAGACCAGACUCUCUGCGUUACAGUUGGAGAUGGGGAAGAAAGAGCACCAGCUUGUGACCCUGCAAGGGAAAGUGUCAGAACUGAAGCAACUCAACUGUAGCCAGGACACUCCCGCCAAACUACAGGUGCUGGAGGCGGACCUGAGGAAAAAGCUGAGCCAGGUGCAGAAGCUAUGUGAGCAGGCCAGGGGAAACCUCAGGGACUUCAGCUCCCAGAGGAAGCAGUUAGAGGACUACAUUACCCAAAUGUCUGAUUGGCUGAAGAGCUUAGAGCAGUCCCUGACGAGCUCACCGAUUGGCUCUGACCUAGAGGACAUCUGCAGAGUCAAGGACCUCCAGAAGGACCUUCAGAACCAGCAAGGCAGCAUAGAUUCCACCAGGGAGAGCUUGAACACUCUGUGUCGGAAGUACCCUUCUGAGGAGCUGGCUGGGCUGGGUAGUGCACUCACUGACCUUAUCAAGGGCUAUGAGUCUGUCAACCAGCUUUCCUCCAGGACCCUGGCCUCACUGCAACACGGCCUGCAAAAACACUUCAACGAGCUGGUUCGGGAGUUCCAUAGCUGGCUGUCUGGGCAGAGGGAGGUCGUGAAGGAGUGCUCUGACCAAUCAGGAGACACUAGCAUCGUGGAGCGUAAACUCCAGAAGCUAAAGGGGGCGCUGGAGCGUGUGGAAGACGGGGAGGUACGUCUGACUCAGGUGUGUGAGGAAGGGGAGAAGCUCCUGCUCCACCUCCCUAAGGCCAGUGCUGGCCAGGUGCAGCAGCACCUCUCCUCCAUCCAGCAGGACUGGGACCGCUAUGUUGAGCAGUGUAGACUCAACCAGCAGGCCCUGGAGGACAGCACUGCACAACUCAAUGGGUUUGAGGGGCGUCUGAAGAGGCUGAGGCAGUGGCUGGAACACAUGGAGCAGAGGGUGACCUCAGAGCUGCCUGAGGAGAAACACAGGGGUCUUGAGAAGGCAACACUGGAGGGGGUGGAGGAAUACCAACAGGAAGUGCUCAAAGAGAGGGACUCUUUCGAGCGACUGUGUCAGGAGUCACAGGUCUUGAAUGAAGGUGGACGGGGCGACGGUGGUGAGACGCGGGCGGCUGCAGGGCUGCAGUCUCAGCACCAGGCUCUGCUGCGGAGGGUUAGGGAGAGGCUGAGGUGCUGCCAGGUAAACCUACAGGAACAGGAAGCAUUUAAGGAGACCCUGCAGAGCACCUGGUCCUGGCUAAACGGGAUGAAGGAACGACUGGGGACCCUCAAUAGUACCCUGGGGAACAAGGUGACGCUGGAGAAGAGACUGGGACUGGUACAGGACAUCCUGUUGAUGAAAGGCGAGGGCGAGGUGAAGCUGAACAUGGCGGUAGGGAAGGGCGAGCAGGUUCUGAAGCACCACAGUGUGGAGGGUCAGGAGGCCAUCUGCUCCCAGUUACAGAACCUGAAGGACGCCUGGGCCAGCAUGCUCAUGACCUCCAUGAGUUGUCACAGUCGUCUGGAAUGGACGGUAGCCCAGUGGAGUAACUACCAGGAUAGUAAGGGGCAGCUGCAGCAGUGGAUGGAGUCUGUGGAGCAGGAGGUGGGUUUGGCCCUGGACCAGCAGCCAGGCCUGAAGGAGAAGGCCUAUCUCCUGGAGCGUCUCAGAGCCCUCCAGGCUGACGUGGAAGCCCACGCAGCACCACUGGCCAGGCUGACAGAGACGGCUGCAGAGCUGCAUGAGAAGACAGGUGACCAGGCCUUUGGACCAGAGCAGAGAAUGGAAGUCAAUGCACACUUCGCUGACAUUACCGCUGUCGUCAAGGGUAAGGUUCAGGCCAUGGAGAACAGAGUGACAGAGCAUGAGCACUACCUGGAAGCUGUGAGGGACUUCAAUGAUUGGCUGGCCUCUGCCAAGGAGGAGCUCCAGCGCUGGUCUGACCUGUCAGGAGACUCCACCUCUGUAAACAGGAAACUUGCCAAAGUCCAGGAGCUGAUAGACUCCAGGCAGCGUGGCCGAGAGCGUCUGAGCCGGGUGCAGCGUUGUGGGGCUGCAACGAGGGACCACACUGGCUCCGCAGGCUUCGAGGCAGUGGAGAGGGAGGAGGCAGCCCUGCUGUCUGCCUGGGAGCAGUGGGAGCGCGGGGCAUUGCAGAACAGGGCAGGCCUGGAGACUGCUCUCUCCCAACUCGCCAGCUCCGAACAGGAGUUUAACUGCUUGGCUGCUCAGCUGGAGGUGGACCUGCAGGAGUUUAGCAGUCAGCUACAGGAGUGGAGACACAGGCUCUCUCAUGCAGAGGGGAAAAACAGUAGAGAGGAGGCUGUGAAGGGCUGGCAGAUUGCAAAGGACACUCUGGAAGGUCUAGUCAAAAUGGAGCCCAUGUCAGACAGUCUGAAGUUCCAGCUCAACGGUCUGUGUCGGUUCUCCAAGGACCUGGGUACUCAGUCAGAGAGAGUGUCCUCCCUUAUCAAGGAGUACAACAGGCUGAGCCUGCGGGCCUCCAGAGAAUGCCAAAACAAAGAGAAGCUUCUGGAGCAGGAGUUCCGUGCCGCUUUCCGAGAGUUCCAGCUGUGGCUGGUCAAUGCCAAAAUCAACACAGCCAAGUGCUUUGAUGUGCCUCAGAACCUCAGUGAGGCCUCCUCCAGUCUGCAGAAGAUACAGGAGUUCCUGAGUGACAGGGAGCAGGGCCACUCCAAACUAAAUGCUGUGGCGCUCAGUGGUGAGCUGGUGGUCAGUAUCGCUGCCAAGGACAGAGUAGAUGCUGUCCGGGCCAAAAUGAGCAGUGCCAGAGAAGACUGGAAGACUCUGAUGUCCAACUUGCACCAGAGGGAGACUGCCCUACAGAACCUCCAGUCUCAGAUGAAGGACUUUGAGGCGAGUGUGGAGCCUCUUCAGGAGUGGCUGAACGGGACAGAGGUUGCUGUACAGGAGAGCAGCACACGACUCCAUGACCUCACUGCCAAAAAGCAGGAGUUGCACAAGCUGCAGUCUGUGCUCGAGGAGUUAGCCUCUCAAGAGGUUCAGCUGAUAAGGCUCAGAGAGAAGGCCCAGCUACUGUGGGAUGGACAUGCGGCCAGAAAGAGCUUUGUCCACCGUGUCUCGCAGCUCUCCGCUCAGUACUUAGCUCUAACCAACCUGACCAAGGAGAAGGCUUCCCGUAUCGACCGUAUCGUCACUGAGCACCAGCUGUUCUCCCAGGAGCUGAAAGAGCUGCAGAACUGGUUGGCCGACACCAGCCACAUGCUGCAGACCUACCGCACUCCCACAGCAGACAAAAAUGUCCUGGACAGCAGGAUGAUCAAGCUGGAGGCGUUGCUGACAGCACGUCAGGAGAAGGAGAUCCAGCUGAAGAUGCUGGUCACCAGGGGAGAGUCUGUCCAGAGGAACACAUCAGUAGAGGGUGUACCAGUAGUCUGCAAGAACAUCCAGGACCUCAAAGACUCCUGGGAUACCCUGCUUUCCGCCUCCAUCCAAUGCAAAAGCCAGUUGGAGGGAGCCCUCUCCCAGUGGACCAGCUACCAGGAGGACGUGUGUCAGUUUGUGGGCUGGGUGGAGCGUGUUGAGGAGAGCCUGGACCCAAGAGACAAACAAUGCUCCGAGAUGAGAGACAAAGCUGCCAACCUGGGCAAAGCCAAGCUUCUCUAUGAGGAGGUUCUUAGCCACAGCAGGCUACUGGACACCAUCACCGUGAAGGGAGCCAACAUGGCGGAACACUACGUCACCCAGCUAGAGCUCCAGGACCUGCAGGAACGAUACCACACCGUCAAGGACAACACCAAGACUGCGGUGGGGAAGGCAGAAGAGCUGGUGCAGGUCCACCAGGAGUACGAGAGAGGCCUAAAUGUGUUUGAGGCAUGGCUUGAGCAGGAGCAGGAGAAACUGGGCUGCUACACACAGCUAGAGGGGGAUGUGGCCACUCUGGAGGAGACGCUUCAGAAACUACAGGAGCUGCAGGUCCAGUGCACGGAGGGCCAGGCCCUACUCAACACCCUGCUGGACAGUAGAGACCAGGUUGUGCCCUGGGGUGUCCCCCAAAUCGAGGACCGGGUCCUGGAGACCUUGCAGCAGAACAGGAAUCUGUACCAGGGUAAGCUGGGAGACACCAGGACCCAGCUCAACAGUACCCUGGCCAAGCUCUGCCAGAUGGAGCAAAAGUUUCAGGGUCUGGACAGCUGGCUGAAUAGCAUGGAGAUCAAAGGUCAACUGAGGAGUCAUCGCCGAUCGGACCGUGCCACCAAGGACGCUCAACUCCAACUGAUAAAGAGUUGGCAGGAGGAGGUGCUAGUGUACCAGGAGGAGGUGGAGGGUCUGAGUGUUCUAGCCCAGCAGGUCAUAGAUGAGACCCACAUCAGCAGCCGGGUCAGCACCAGAGCUACCCAAGUCACCUCCCGCUACCACGCCCUGCUACUGCACCUACUGGAGAGCAUCAAGCAACUACAGGUGGAGGUGUGUUGCAUCGAGGAGGCCCAGAAUGUGUUCAGGACCUUCUCUGAUUGGCUGAGCUCGGCCAAAAACAACUUCAGCACCAUGGCCAUCAGCAUCAGUGUAGUGGACCGUCUUACCAUGGAGAGGAAGAUGAAGACACUGGAGGCUCUUCAGGGUGACAUGGAGCAGGGCCACAGCUUCCUGAAGACGAUGCGUGAGAAGACAGAGCGGGCCGUGGCCUUCCUGGAGGAACCAGAAGCUGAGCAGCUGAGGGAGGAGGUGGAUGCUCAUAGAUCCCAGCUAGAGGGCCUGAUGGCUGGGCUACGCACGGAGCACAGCUCCCUGGAGAAAUGCAUCUCCCUCUCCAAAGACUUCCUGGACAAGUACAAGGCCCAGGCACAGUGGCUCGCUGAGACCAAGGCUUUGUUAAGCUCACCCAUCGAGCUCAAAGCUGAGCUCUACCAGAAGAAGGCCCAGUUAGCCAAAUAUAAGACAAUCCAGCAGACAGUGCAUUCCCACGAGUCAGCGGUGAGGUCAGUGGUUGAGAAAGGAGAGGUUCUGCUGGAUAUGGUCUGUGACCCCACCAUCAGAGACAACAUGAACAGGUUGCAGACUGACUACCAGGAACUCUGCACUGCAGCCAAGAGCCAAGUCCAGAGUCUGGUGGAGUGGGUGAAGGAGCAUGAGUGCUACAACAGUGAGCUCCAGGAGGUGGAGAAGGGGCUCCUACAGAUGUCCAGUAGGCUGGUCACCUCAGACUCCAUGCAGACAUGUAGUAUGGAGACGGCCACACAACAACUGGCCCGCCACAAGGCAAUCAUGGAGGAAAUAGCUAGUUUUGAGGAGCGCCUGACCAGUCUGAAGGAGAAAGGAGAUGACUUGGUGUCCAGCUGUACAACAGAUCAGAUGCAGGCUAAGACCAGCCAGCAGGUCAAGGCUCACCAUCAGGGCACCAGAGACAGCUACUCAGCCAUCUGCAGCAGCGCACAGUGUGUUUACCAGAGUCUGGACAGAGAACUGCAGAAGCAUGUCAGUCACCAGGACACUCUGCAGCAGUGCCAGACCUGGCUCUCCACCGUCAAUGAGGAGCUACUGCUGCACUGUCAACCUCCCUUUGGCAUGCAGGAGGCCCUCAAACAGGUGAAGCACUACAGGGCUCUACAGGAGCAGGCCAGUACGUACCUGGACCUGGUGUGUUCUGUGUGUGACUUGUCUGAUGAUGCUGUGAGAUCCACCACUGCGGAAGUCCAGCAGGUCAAACACACGAUGGAGGAGAGGAUGUUGAGCUCCCAGGAGCUAUGUGAGGGCUGGAGGGAGAUAAAGGAGCAGAAGCAGGAGCUAUCUGAUCAGUUCCAGGACAUGGAGCAGCAGCUUCUCAGCCUCUCCAGAAGACCAGCGGAGCUCGAGACCAAGAUCGCCCUCAACAUGCUCACCCAGGCCAAGGAGUUUAGCCAACAGCUGCAGAGUAAACAAGCCACCCUAUCCAGGAUGACAGAGAGUGUGAGUCGUCUGACUGCGGGCCAGGACAGCCCGGAACAUGGAGAGAUAGGGCGUCUGAGCCAUGCCUGGCUGGGGCUGUUUCACCAAGCUAACAGGCUGAAGGGCCAGAGACAGGAGGACCUGCAGAGGAUCCAGGAGUACCACAACUGCAUCACAGCCAUGGAAGCACUUUUUGAGCAAAUGUCUAAGGAGUGGGAUAACCUGGCCAGGACUGAUGCUGAAAGUUCAUCUGAGCACUUGGAGGCGCUGAAGAAACUCGCCGUAGCUCUCGGAGACCAGAAGGGAACUCUGGAGGACCUGAAGGACCAGAGGCAGAAAGUCACCCACCACCUGAACCUGGAUGACAAGGAGCUGGUGAAGGAACAGAUCAGCCAUUUUGAGCAGCGCUGGGUUCAGCUGCAGAGCCUCAUCAACAGGAAGAUACAGGACUCAGUGCUGACCUUGGAGGACAUGGCCAAGGUGGAGGCCCGUCUAAGGGAGGCCAGGGAGUGGGCCGAAGAGCAGCAGCCAGGCCUUUCUGAAGCCAUGAAGAUGAGUCCUCCUCCAGAGUUGGCCCAAAGCUUCCUCUUCGACCACCUCAGCAUUUGCAGCGAACUGGAGGCCAAGCAGAUGCUUCUGGCCCAGGCCAUGAGUGAUGCUGACCGUGUCCUGGCUCACCUGGGGCUCAACGAGUGCCAGCGCCUGCAGCAGCUCAUUUCAGACACUCGGGCCGAGGUGGAGUCACUCAGUGUGAAGGUGGCUCAACGCAGGAAGCACCUCAGCAAGGCCUUCACUGAGAGGACCCAGUUCCUGCAGGCUGUCAACCAGUCCAUCACCUGGGUCCAGCAGAAUGAGAAGAAGGCCCAGGCGGAGGAGUACAUUGCACUGCUACCUGAUGACCUGGCCAAGCAGGUUAAGGCCUGCAGGAACAUCCAGAGCAGCCUGAAGGCCUACCAGAGCGAGCAGACCUCCCUGUGGUCUCAGGGCAGAGACCUGAUGAAGGACGCCACGCAGGACGAGAAGGUGGAGAUGCUCACUAAGCUGCAGGAGCUGCAGAACAUCUUUGAAAAAGCCCUGCAGAAAUGUGUCCAGAGGCUCCAAGAACUGGACAAGGUGCUUGUCUCCAGGAAGUACUUCAAGGCAGACCUGGAAAAGACGUGUCAGUGGCUGAAACAAGCAGACAUUGUGACCUUCCCUGAGAUCAACCUCAUGAAUGGCGACUUGGAGCUGAACGUGCAGCUGUUGAAGUAUCGGCAGAUAGUUGAGCAGGCGAUGGAAUAUGAAAACCUCUUACUGAUCGUCCAGAGAACUGGUCAGGAGAUCCUGCCCACUCUGAAUGAAGUGGACCACUGUUACUUGGAUGAGAAACUCAAUGCCCUGCCACAGAAAUACAACAGCAUACUGUCUCUGGCCAAAGAGAAACAGGAGAAGAUCGAGCAGGCCAUCCUAGCCAGAAAGGAGUACGCCUCCUUCAUAGACGUGACUCAUAAAGCAUUGAAAGAGCUUGAGGAGCAGUUCCAUAACUUAGGGUUGCAGCCUGUUGGACUGCAGACAGAGGAGGUUGUGAAUUUACUGAGUGACUACAAAGCUCUUCAGGUAGAUCUGGGCAACCUUGGUCUGGCUGUCAGCGAACUGAACCAGAAGAAAGAAGGCUUCCGCAGCACCGGUCAACCCUGGAGACCUGAAGAGUUGACCCAGCUGGUGAGUCUUUACAAUGGGCUGAAGAGGCUCAUCGAACAGCGGGUGGAGCAUCUCGACGACACACUGGAGUCCUUCGAGGACCACAAGGCCAUGGCCAUGCAGGUGGACUCUGAGCUAAAGGCUACCAAAGAAGAGCUAGUCAAGGUCAAUGCAGAGACCCAGUCGGCGGAAGAGAGGCUGAAGAAUUACCAUGCCCUGGCCGGGAGUCUUCAGAGCGCCAGCUCUCACCUGUCCAGACUCAUGGAGCAGAUGGAUAACUUGGCUCCUCAGCUGGACAAGGCUGCCCAUGACGCUUCCAGGGAACAGGUGGUCCUUUGGCAGGAGGAGCUGCAGUCCCUACAGUCUGCCGUGGGGGAGCUGAUAGUGGAGUGUGAGAAUAGGUUUGUCCAGAGUAAAGACUUUGAGACGGAGGUGAAGAGAACGCUGGACUGGCUGCAGCAUAUCAGGGAUGAGCUGGGCUGUGCUGUUGUAGUGGUGGACGUGAGGGUAGAAAAGGUCCAGGAAGAGAUCAGGAAACAGCAGAUAAUGCAGGAUGAGGUUCAGUCCAGGCUGAGGAUCGUGGAGGCCCUGAGCAGUAGGGAGAAACAGAAGUACACCAGCGCCAACGAACUGGUCCCAGCCCACGUUGACCUGAGCCUGGAGGAGAUGGCCAAGCUACAGGCUGAUGUACAGCAAGCAAUGAGUUCCAAACAGAUCACCCUGGAGCAGGCCUUGGCGUUGUGUCAGAAGUACCACUUCCGGAUGCAGUCUGCGUGUGAGUGGCUGGAGGAUGCUGUGGCCUUCCUACAACUGGCCAGUCUGGGGGUGGACGUAGAGAACUAUGAAGAGUGUCUCCGCCAGCAGGAGGACAUCCUGGCCUCAGAGCAGAAGUUCCUAGACCACCUGCAGGAGUUGGAGGCUCUGCCCCCCCAGCUGGAGAACCUGGUGAACCCCACAGCCAAGGAACAGCUCAGACUGAAUGUGGAGUCUGCUCAGCAGAGAGGAGUGGAGGUCCGAGAUCAGCUGCAGAAUCACCAGGACGUCCUGAUCAGCUGUGUGGCCAAGUGGAAGUCUUACCAGGAGGCGAGGCAGACGGUGAUUGAACUGAUGAACGAGGCAGAGCAGAAGCUUACUGACUUUUCCACCGCAAAGGCUGCCACCUUUCUGGAGGCCGAGGAGAAACUCAGGAGUCACAGGUCCCUGGUGUUGAUGGUGAAUGGGUUCCAGGAGAAGCUGACAGGGCUGGAGGAGCAGGCAUCACAACUGGAGCUGGUGGGUAGUGAGGCCAGCAAGGCCACCAUCAGCCGCUCCAUGACCACUGUGUGGCAGCGCUGGACCCGGCUUCGCAGCGUGGCGCGAGGGCAGGAGAGGGUACUGGAGGACACGGCCCAGGAGUGGGGGACCUUCAGAGAGAAGAUGGUGAAGCUGAGGAGCAUGGUGGAGAAUCUACAGAGCCGUAUUAUAGACUGUGUUGUGGAGAAGGCCUCCAAGGCUACCCUACAGUCUGUGUUGGACCAGCAUGAGCUGCUAAUCCAGGAUGUAGAGGGAGAGCUGUCCUCCCUCACCCUGCUGCGUCAGUAUGCCCUCAGCCUGCUCCAUGAUGUGGAGGUCCCGUCACCAUCGCCCACCUCUGGACAGGACGAACUACCCAGUCUCAAGGAGAUCAGAGCAGUACAAGACCACCUGGAAAGUCUGCUGCAGCAGGCGCAGACCAAGCGUACCCAGGCUGGGGUGGAGCUGAGGGACAGAGAGGGGGUAGAGAAGAACCUGAGUGUGGUCAAAGCCUGGAUCCAGGAGACCAGGGAGCUGCUCGUUAACCCCACCUCAGAUAUAGAUGCUCUGCUGCAGGAGCUGGAGGUGGUUCACGGUGAUGUGAUUGGCUACUGUCAGCAUGUGGAUAAGAUAGCAGAGCAGCAGCAGAGCAAGUAUCUGGACCUGUACACCAUCCUGCCCUCAGAGAUCUCCAUGCAGCUGGCUGAGGUGUCCCUAGCACUGGGGGCCAUCCAGGACCAGGUUCUGUCCAAAGAGAAAGAGAUCCAGAAGACAAGAGACAUCAAGGAGGACAUCAGUUCCAGGAUCCAUGACGUGUCGGAGAAGAUGAAAGCCAUCUCCACCUGUCUCAAUGACAAAGCCAGCGAUGUCCAUCACGCUAAAGACGAGACCAAGUGUCUUUGUGAUGAUCUGGAGAGCUGUCAUCGGACUCUGUCAGAGCUGGAUGCUGCGGUCCAGGAGUUCGGCAGACGGAACCCCAUCUUGGCCAAACAGCUGAGUGAUGCCAUCGUCAAGUUAGGAGACAUCCACCACCACACUGCCAGACUGGCCGAGUGUAGAUCCAUCUGGCUCAAAACGGCAGGGACCCAUCUAGAGGAGUACAAUGAGAUGCUGGACUUUAUAGUGAGGUGGUCGGAGAAAGCCAAGGGCCUGGUGAGGGCCAACAUCAUCUGGAACUCCUCCUCUCAUCUGCAGGAACAGAUAAGGAUGGACGAGUCCGUGCUGCGUGAAUCUCGAGAGCUCCAUGGGGACCUGCAAGCCAUGGGAGAGAAGGUGGAUCUGCUGUCUGAGGUGCUGCAGACAGAGAACAUGUCCCAGCAGGUGUGUGAGCUGAGCCGCCACACCGAGGAGCUCCAGCAGACCAUCAGGACACGGCUGCAGAGCCUUCAGGACGCAGCCAAGAGUAUGGAGCCUCUGGAGUUUGAGGUGAAGACCCUACAAGUGGCUCUGGAACAGGUCCAAGCUACACUGACCUCUCCUGAUCUUGUCCGACAGAGUCUCAAAGAACAACUGGCCCAGAGACAGCGUCUGCUGUCAGAGAUGGAGGGCUUCAAGCUGCAGGUGCAGGCGGUGCAGCUGUGUCAGAGCGCCCUGCGCGUCCCAGAGGAGGUGAUGCCUGACCUGGCUAUCUGUCACACGGCACUGGGCCUACAGCAGGAGGCCAGCCAGCUACAGCAUGUCGUAAUACAGCAGUGCAACAUUCUACAGGAGGCUGUUGUGCAGUAUGAGCAGUAUGAGCAGGAGGCGAAGCACUUCCAGGGGCUGAUAGAGGACGCCCACAGGGUCAUCCAGGACCGACCCAUUCCCAACAGCACUAUCCAGGAACUGCAGGCUCAGAUCCUACACCAUGAGGAGCUGGCCCAGAAAAUCAAGGGUUACCAGGAGGAGAUAGCCAGUCUGAAUUCGAAGUGUAAGAUGCUGACUGUGAAGGCCAAACAUGACACCAUGCUACUCACUGUGAGUGACACGGAGCAGGUGGGGCUUACCGUGGAGGACCUGGAUGGAGACAUAGACAAACCAUCUGUUCUUAUGAUGACGGCUGGCCGCUGUCACACCCUUCUGUCCCCGGUCACCGAGGAGUCUGGGGAGGAGGGUACCAGCAGUGAGAUCUCCUCUCCUGUCUGUCACUCCCCUUCUCCCAGCACUCACACACAGAUGGGACGAGACACCCUCCCCAGAGCUCCCGUACAGGAGCUAAAUGACCCGAUGUUUGAAUCUGAGGCUAACCUAGAUGACCUUCAACGCUCCUGGGAGACCCUGGAGAAUGUGAUCAGUGAGAAGCAGAGGUCUCUGUAUGAGGCGCUGGAGAAGCAGCAGUGCAACCAGGGUUCUCUUCAGUCUAUCUCCUCUAAGAUGGAGGCCAUCGAGGCCAAACUCAACAAGCCACUGGAGGCUGACCGGAGCACAGAUAGUCAUAUGGAAGCCCAUCAGGCCGUGGUGGAGGAGGUUCAGAGGCUGCAGGAGGAGAUAGACAAGAUGCAGACCAGCUUCUCAGACGAGCUUGGUUCUGAUGCUGUGGACGACACGGCCCACCAGCUGGCCAUGCAGUCCACCCUCACUGUCCUGUCUGAGAGGAUGGCCACCAUACAGAUGAAGGUCUCAGGAGAACGACAGCUACUGGAGGAGCGUGUCAGUGACCGUCUAGAGGACCAGCAUCAGGAGCGUGUCAGUGACCGUCUCGAAGACCAGCAUCAGGAGCGUGUCAGUGACCGUCUAGAAGACCAGCAUCAGGAGCGUGUCAGUGACCGUCUAGAAGACCAGCAUCAGGAGCGUGUCAGUGACCAUCUAGAAGACCAGCAUCAGGAGCGUGUCAGUGACCGUCUAGAAGACCAGCAUCAGGAGCGUGUCAGUGACCGUCUAGAGGAGCAGCAUCAGGAGCGUGUCAGUGACCGUCUAGAAGACCAGCAUCAGGAGCGUGUCAGUGACCGUCUAGAGGAGCAGCAUCAGGAGCGUGUCAGUGACCGUCUAGAGGAGCAGCAUCAGGAGCGUGUCAGUGACCGUCUUGAGGAGCAGCAUCAGGAGCGUGUCAGUGACCAUCUAGAAGACCAGCAUCAGGAGCGUGUCAGUGACCGUCUUGAGGAGCAGACCUUACGACAUUACCUCAACCAAGCCGACCAGAUGGACCAAUGGCUGCUCAGCACCCGCGAAGCCCUCCGUCCCAGUGCUGAGGAGGAGCAACUCAUAGACGGCCAGAACAUGCUGCAGGAGAUAGAGCAGAAGGUGGUGGCCCUGUCGGAGCUGACCAUGCGCAGCGAGAGCCUGCUUCUGGAGGGAAGGCAGGAGACGCGGAUGGACAUGAGGGAGGACACAGAGCAGCUGGCCAGGAAGCUGCGGACGCUGAAGGGAAGUCUGCUGGAGCUGCAGAGGAUGCUGCAGGACAAACAUAUCAACAUCCAGGACCAGGAGGAGAGUGAGUCUGACUCCACUCUGUCUCAGGGGCCCAUCGUGCAGGACUGCCUGGUCCAGGCCCACGCCACACUCUCACAACACCACCAGGACAGCCUCCAGAGACAGAGGGAGCUGGAGGAGCAGCUAGCUGAACAGAAGAAGCUGUUACAGUCUGUAGCCAGUAGAGGAGAGGAGAUCCUGAUAAAGCAGGCCUCACCUAGCAGUGUCAGUAUGACGGAGCCCUGCUCUCCAGAGAUACUGCUGGAGCGAGAGACCCGGGCUGCCCAGUACCAGAUGAGACAGAGGUGGGAGAGCCUGAGGAAAGAACUGAGCACCAAGCUCCAGCUCCUACAGAAAACCCUGGAACAAGACCACAAGCAACAGGUUUCCUCCAGAACUGCCGCUGGGACCCUGUUUAAAGCAGAGAUCUGUAAAACAGAGGACACGUCUUCACUGAAGAUGUUAUAUGAGGGUUUCAGCCAAACGAUGGAGGAGAUGUCUUGUCAAACUGGGGCCUCUGAGGGUAAGGUGAUCCCCAUGGAGCAGCAUCUCUACCAGGCUGUGUCAGCGACCUCCUCCUGGCUGGAUGAUGUAGAGAACACCCUGUUCUCUGGUCCUACGCUGCUGACGGAGAACGCUGAGACACAGCUACAAAACCAGGAGGCCUUAGGGAGGGAUGUCAGUGAGGUCACUGGGGUGGUUAGACACAGUCGGGGUCUCCUAGGCCAACCUACAGGGCUGUGUGCGGAGGACCAGGUCCUGUUAGAGGACACACUGGACUGUCUGACAGAGAGGCUGCAAACUCUGGACUCUGCCCUGGAGCGACUCUGUGAACACAUGAGGACUAGGAUGCAGGAACUCACUGCCUACCAGACGGAGUCACAGCUUGUCCUGGCUGAUUUAACCGACACCAAGUGCCAGAUCCUUCAGACGUUGGCGGGAGCCACGGACAGACCAGGAUCCAAACAGCUUGAGGUCAUAGCUGAGGCUGAGGAGGGUUUGAGAGAGUUUGAGCAGAGGAUCACCCAGCUGAAAACAAGAGGAACAGAACUACAGGCAGAACAGAUGUCCACCAAUGAGAUGCUCAAGCUACAGGAUGCCUAUGAGGAGUUGGUGAUGACAGUGGGCUCGCGGCGUAGCAGCCUGAACCAGAACAUGGCUCUGAAGGGGCAAUAUGAGAGGGCUCUGCAGGACCUGGCUGACCUGGUGGACACUGCUCAAGACAAGAUGGCCGGCGACCAGAGGGUCAGCGCCAGCUCUGUGGAGGAAGUUCAGAUUCUCCUUGACAAACACAAGGAGUUCUUCCAGAGUCUGGAGUCCCACAUGAUCCUGACGGAGACGUUCUUCAGGAAGAUCAGUGGCCUGGUGGUUCCCAGAGAGAAGCAGGCUCUGGAGGAGAUACUGACCCUGGCCCAGGGAGUCCUCAAACAGGCCCACAGGAGAGGGGUGGCGCUGGAGUACAUACUGGAGACUUGGAGCCGUCUGGUGCCGGACUACCAGGCUCUGUGUAUGCAGUUGGAGGCAGUGGAGGGUAGCAUCCCUACAGUGGGCCUGGUGGAGGAGACAGAGGAGAGCCUCACUGAGAGGAGUUCACUCUAUCAGAGUCUGAAGGGCAGACUGAUGGAGCACCAGCACAAGCUGAGCCAGGUGCUGGAGGAGGGGAAGAGGCUGCAGCUAUCUGUGUGCUGUCCUGGCCUGGACACAAAGCUCACAGUGCUAGGGGAACACUGGCUCAGCAACACUGCCAAGGUCAACAAGGAGCUGCAGAGACUAGAGGCCAUCCUCAAACAUUGGACCAGGUAUCAGAAGGAGUCAUCAGAAUUGAUUCGCUGGCUGCAGUCUGCUCUAGAACGUCUGGACUUCUGGAACAAUCAGGCAGUCGUAGUUCCACAGGAGAUGGAGACCCGCAGGGACCAUCUCUCUACCUUCCUGGACUUCUGUAAAGAGAUGGAGUCGUGUUCAUCUCUGAAGAAUUCUGUGCUGACUGAGGGCAACCAGCUUCUGAGGCUGAAGAGGGUUGGAACUGCAGCCCUGCGGUCUGACCUGGCCCGCAUAGACUCAGAGUGGACCCAACUACUUACACUCAUCCCAGGGGUGCAGGAGAAGCUACACCAGUUACAAAUGGAGAAGUUGGCCUCUAGGCAUGCCAUCUCUGAGCUGGUCAACUGGAUAUCUCUGAUGGAGAAUGUGAUUGGAGAGGACGAAGAGAACCUGAAAGGAGCAGUGGGGUCGACUGUCAUCCAGGACUAUCUACAGAAAUACAAGGGCUUCAGAGUAGAUGUGAGCUGUAAGCAGCUGACGGUGUAUUUUGUGAACCAGUCUGUGCUCCAGAUCAGUGAUCAGGAUGUGGAAAGCAGGCGCAGCGACCAGACAGACUUUGCCGAGAAGCUGGGAGUAAUGAACCGACGCUGGCAGUUACUACAGGGACUCAUCACGGAGAGGGUCCAGUUCCUGGAGACUCUGCUGGAGGCCUGGUUGAACUAUGAGAACAACAUACAGGGCCUGAAGACCUGGCUGCUCACUCAGGAGGGGAGGCUGAAGAGGAAACCCAGGAUAGAGGACCUAACCUCCGUACAGAACGCUCUCAAUGACUGCCAGGAGAUGGAGGAGAAGGUGAAGGAGAAGGAGGGUGAGGUGGAGCGGGUGGAGGAGCAGGCCUGUGCCCUCAUCCAGAACAAAACCGACGAGGCCUGCGCUGUCGUCAUGGAGACGCUCCAAGCUGUCAAUCACACAUGGGCUAACCUGGACCACCUGAUCGGCCAGCUGAAGAUCAGCCUUGUGUCAGUGCUGGACCAGUGGAGUCUGUACAAGUUGUCCUCAGAGGAGAUGAAUGGCUACCUGAUGGAGGGGAGGUACUCUGUGUCCCGUUUCCGCCUCCUCACCGGCUCUCUGGAGGCUGUACAGCUACAGGUGGAGAGUCUCCAGAGCCUACAGGAGGAACUGGAGAAGCAGGAGGGCAGUCUGAGGAAGUUUGGCUCUGUGACACACCAGCUGCUGAAUGAGUGCCACCCGUCUGUGUCCGACUCCCUCAACAAUACCCUGAAGGACGUCAACGCUAGGUGGAGCAGUCUCCUGGAAGAGAUCUCAGAGCGUCUGAAGAGCAGCAAAGCCCUGCUACAGCUGUGGCAGCACUACAAGGAGCUGUAUGGAAAGAGUAGCUCCAGUGUCCAGCUACAAGAGGAGCAGGCUGACCGACUCCUGGAGACCGCCUGCACCAAGGACAUCACAGACGAGGAGGUCUCCACCUGGAUCCAAGACUGCAGCGAGUUGCUUCGUGCCCAGGCUCCAGUGAAGGCAUCUCUACAGGUUAUUCAGGAGCUAGGAGAUCAGCUGAAGCAACAGGUGGACACCUCCACAGCAUCCGCCGUCCAGUCAGACCACCUCUCUCUGACCCAGCGCCUGGCCACUGUGGAGCACGCCCUCAGCAGACAGCUCACUACACUACAGACGGGAGUCCAGGACUAUGAGACCUUCAGUGAGCAGCUGGGUUCCUUAGGUCGCUGGAUGGUGGAGGGAGAAGAGGCUCUGAAGAUCCAGGAUCCCAACAGUUCUUCUGACCUGUCCAUCAUACAGGACCGAAUGGAGGAACUCAAGAGACAGAUCUUGAGAUUCAGUAGCAUGGCUCAUGACCUGGAGCGUCUCAACGAGCUGGGCUACAGGCUUCCUCUCAACGACAUGGAGAUCAAACGCAUGCAGAACCUUAACCGUAGCUGGUCUGCAGCCAACGCCCAAACCACUGAGAGGUUCAGCAAACUGCAGUCAUUCCUGCUCCAGCAGCAGACGUUCCUGGAGAAGUGUGAGACGUGGAUGGAGUUCCUGGUACAGACAGAGAAGAAGCUGGCCGUGGAGAUCUCUGGCAACUACCAGAGUCUGAUGGAGCAGCAGAGAGCGCACAAACUAUUUCAGGCUGAGAUGUUCAGCCGUCAGCAGAUCCUCCACUCUAUAAUCAGUGAUGGCCAGAGGAUGCUGGCGCAGGGACAGGUGGAUGACAGGGAUGAAUUCAACCGGAAGUUGUUGCUGUUGAGUAACCAGUGGCAGGGCGUUGUGCGUCGUGCCCAGCAAAGGCAGGGUAUCAUCGACAGCCUGAUCCGCCAGUGGCAACGUUACAGGGAUAUGUCAGAGAAGCUGAGGAAAUGGCUAGUGGACAUCUCACACCCUGCCGAGGCCCUACUGGCUGGGGCGCCCGUACCCCUGCAGCAGGCCAGAUCCAUGCUGGAUGCAGUUCAGAUAAAGGAGAAGGUCCUACAGCGACAGCAGGGCUCUUACAUCCUGACAGUAGAAGCUGGGAAGCAGCUGCUCCUAUCUGCAGACAGCAGGGCAGAGGUGUCUCUGCAGGGAGAGCUCACAGACAUCCAGGAACGCUGGAGACACUCCACCAUCUGCCUGGAGGAACAGAGGCGUGAGCUGGACAAGCUGGACAAGGACUGGGAGACAUGUGAGAGAGGCAUCGAGGGUUCUCUGGAGAAGCUGAGAGAGUUCAAACGGCAGUUCUCUCAGUCCCUCCCUGAUCACCACGAGGACUUGCAAGCGGAACAGAUGCGAUGCAAGGUCUUGGAGAAGACGUUUGACGGCUGGACAGAAGACCUAGCCCACCUGACGGUGCUGAGGGAGUCCCUGUCUAGCUACAUCAGUGCUGAGGACCUGUCUGUUCUACAGGAACGCAUGGAGCUUCUGCACCGCCAGUGGGAGGAGAUCUGUCACCAGCUAUCCCUGCGGCAGCAGCAGGUGGGUGAGAAGCUGAGUGAGUGGGCUGUGUUUAAGGAGAAGAACAGGGAGCUCAGUGAUUGGCUUACCCAAAUGGAGAGCAAGGUCUCUCAGAAUGGAGACGUCAGAAUCGAGGAGAUGAUCGAGAAGCUACGCAAGGACUACUAUGAGGAGAUAGCGGUGGCUCAGGAGAACAAACAGCAGCUGUACCAGCUGGGGGAGAGACUGGCCAAGGCCAGCCAUGAGAACAAGGCAUCUGAGAUAGAACACAAACUCAGCAUGGUGGGCAAGCGCUGGCAACACCUGCUGGACCUCAUUGGAGCCAGGUUGAAGAAGCUGAGGGAGACUCUGGUGGCAGUGCAGCAGCUGGAUAAGAACAUGAUUAGUCUGCAGUCCUGGCUGACCCACAUAGAGACUGAGCUGUCCAGACCCAUCCUAUACGACACCUGUGACUCCCAGGAGAUACAGCAGAAGCUGGACCUGCAGCAGGAGCUUCAGCGUGACAUCGAGAAGCACAGCACAAAUGUGGCGUCUGCGUUGAACCUGUGUGAGGUGUUGUUACACGACGGUGACGUCUGUGCCACGGACACAGAGUGUGAUUCCAUCCAGCAGACCACCAGGAACCUGGACCGCCGUUGGAGGAGAAUCUGUGCCCUGUCCAUGGAGAGGAGGCUCAAGAUUGAAGAGACUGGGCGUUUAUGGCAGAAGAUCAUAGAAGACUUUAUGCGUUUUGAGGAGUGGCUAGUGACCUCAGAGAAGACCGCUGCUCUACCCAACUCUUCAGGAGUUCUGUACACAGUGGCCAAGGAAGAACUCAAGAAGUUUGAGGCAUUUCAGUGUCAGUCCCAUGAGAGCCUGACCCAGCUGGAGACGAUCAAUAAACAGUACCGCCGUCUGGCCAGGGAGAACCGCACAGACUCCUCCUGUCGCCUCCGGGAAAUGUCCCACGACGGGAACCAGCGCUGGGAUAACCUGCAGAAGAGGGUGGCCUCCAUCCUCCGCAGGCUCAAGCACUUUGUCAGUCAGCGUGAGGAGUUUGAGACGGCCAGAGACAGCGUUGUGGUGUGGCUCACCGAGAUGGACCUGCAGCUCACCAACAUAGAACACUUCUCAGAGUGUGACAUCCGAGCCAAGAUCAAACAGCUACGGGCGUUCCAGCAGGAGAUUUCUCUGACCACGGGGAAGGUCGAGCACAUCUUCCACCAGGGAGAGGUGCUGCUACAGAAGAGUGAGCCUCUGGACGCUGCUGUUAUAGAGGAUGAGCUGGAGGAGCUGCGGAGAUACUACCAGGAGGUGUUUGGACGCGUGGAGCGUUACUAUAAGAAGCUGAUCCGACUACCGCUGACAGGAGAAGAGUACGAUGUGUCAUUCUCGGACAAGGAGAUUGAACUGGAUGAACCUGGGGACCUGUCCAGCAUUCCCUGGAGUGAACGUCUUGGAGACUGCCUGAGCUCCCCUCUGCCCUCCCUGACUGCCCCCCUCCGUACUGGGGCUGAGCGCUCGGGCAUGGGCACCCCAGCCAGCAUGGACUCCAUCCCCCUGGAGUGGGACCAUGACUACGACCUGAGAAAGAGGCUGGAGAGUGCCAGCGGGGCUCUCGGCCUGGCCUCUGAGCACGAGGAGCACGGAGAGGAGGGGAGCUACCAGGGAUCAGCUUCUGCUUCCGCUCUGUCAGGAGAGGGAGGUACCCUGGACAGCCAUAUCCUUCAGUUAGACAGGGUUCUGGACCCCAGCCAGUUACACCUGCAACAGACAGAGAACGUCAUCCGUAGCAGAACCCCCACCGGGCCAGAGCUGGAUGCAUCAUACAUGGGAUAUAUGCGUCUACUGGGAGAGUGUCGUAGCAGUAUAGACACGGUGAAGAGGGUUGGCUACGAACUGAAGGGGGAGGGGGACAAGGCCUCAGGACUUGCUGACCCCAUUGAUGAUGAUUCACAAACAACAGGUGUGAUACAGCGCUGGGAGUUGCUGCAGGCCCAGGCCCUCAGUAAAGAGAUGCGUCUGAAGCAGAACCUUCAGCAGUGGCAGCAGUUCAACUCUGACCUCAACGCCGUGUGGGCGUGGCUGGAGCAGGCAGGGGAGGAGCUAGAGCAGCAACGGAGGCUGGACCUCAGCACCGACAUCCAGACCAUCGAGCUGCGCAUCAAAAAACUGAAGGAGCUGCAGAAGGCUGUUGACAAGCGUAAGGCCACAGUGCUGUCCAUCAACCUGUGCAGUGCAGAGUUUGUCCAGUCCGCCACAGAAGAGUCCCAGGACCUGCAGGCCAGGCUGAAAGAGAUGAACAACCGCUGGGACAGAUUGGGCACCUCUCUGGGAGAGUGGAGGGCAGCGCUACAAAAGGCCCUUAUGCAGUGUCACGACUUCCAUGAGAUGAGUCACGGCCUGCUACUGUGGCUGGAGAACAUUGACCGCAGGAGGAAUGAGAUUGUUCCCAUUGACCCCAUCCAGGACAGCAACACCCUCCAUGAGCACCACAAAACACUCCUGAAAAUCCGCUGUGAGCUGCUAGAAACCCAGAGGAAGGUGUUGUCCCUGCAGGACAUGUCCCUGCAGCUGCUGGUCAACAGCGAGGGCAGUGACUGUCUGGAGGCCAAGGAGAAGGUUCACGUCAUCGGGAACCGCCUCAAACUGCUCUUCAAGGAGGUGACCAGAGACCUCAAAGAGCUGGAGAAGAUUCUGGACAUGAACAGCAGCCAACAGGAUCUGUCUACGACGUGGUCGUCAGCUGAUGAGCUAGACUCCACCUCUGGUUCCAUAAGCCCGGUGUCGGGCAGGAGCACGCCAAGUCGCCGUCGAUCGCAACGGGGCAAAUGUAGUAUGUCACAGCAGACCUCUGGACCCUCUGUGAGCAGUCCACACAGAUCACACAGGUUUCCCGUCGCUGGGUCCGCUUCCUCCCCUUCUGAGGGGAAAUCAUCACCGUCAUCGUCACGUUUCCUGUACCAAGUCCUAUGGGUGGCGGUGCCCCUCCAGUUGCUGUUCCUCUUGCUGCUGGUGGUCAUGGUCUGCCUGGUACCAGUGUGUGAGGGGGAUUUGGACUGCAGCCAGUCCAAUAACUUUGCCCGUUCCUUCCACCCGAUGCUACAAUACACCAACGGGCCCCCUCCUGUAUAGUCUUUCAUGACAGACCAAACAUUUAGUUCUGGGUGCCGAGCGAGAUUACAGCCUGGCCCUGGUAUGGAGACGAACCUGAGGAGGAUAGUUGGGCUUUUUGAACUUCAUGACUGUUGUGGAUUUCAACUCUAUGGGUCUCUCUCUUGAAGUUUUUCCCCCAAUAACAGUGCGGGAACUGUUUCAAUGCUCCGCUAGUUUGCAGCUUCCAUGAAGAAUAGAGAUAUGGCCUUCCGUCAUUCUGCACCUUGUGUUACCGUGCAUAAGCAAGCAUCAUAGGAUGCCAAAACCUUAGUUAGAUCUUCUUUGUUCUGUAUGGAUGAAGUACAGCAGCACUCUUGUCUUUUCACUCGUGUCUUCUUUUAGUUUUCUGUUAUGUUGUAUGUAUAGACGAAGAAACGUCUUAGGGGCAGCAAAUGUAAGAACCAAAAAUGUUUGUGACGGCAGUCAGUGGAUAUCCCCUGGAUACCUGUAAAGGUACAACACAUGCCAUGUGUUGUCAUUUGUCCUCUAGUUCAAUGCAGAGCAUAUACUCUGUGAAUGUGCCUGUUGUAACAAUUGAACACUUGUGAAAUAACAUUUUAAGAUGACUUAUAUUGCAAUCUUUUUUUUUUACAUGUGUUUUGGCAUGCGGUAAUGAUCUUGUCUUAUGGGUGUGUCCGUGAUGAAUAUUUGAUUUUUAAUCUGAAUUAUACCUGGGCGUAAGAAUCUAUUUAGUCUGAAUUGUGUAUUGAAUGUGUAUGUAAAAGAAAGGCCAUAAUGAAGAGUUAUUUGCUAUAAACUGUUUAAAAGCAUAAGAAACAUUGAAAAUAAUGAACACUCAUUUUUAUUUUUCUAGCUGAAAAUAUGGAUUCUACAAACAAACUAUUAAUCAACAGUAUAACAAAUUAUAAAUCUGUAUAUUUUCUAUGGCUCUGUGUGUUUAGUAUUAAAUGUACAACAGUCCAGGAUUACUUAACAUAUUCUGUACAUAAUAUAAAUGUAUAGCAAUAAUCUAUAUCUGACCCUAAAUUACAAAUAUUGAAUGCCAAAUUCUCA